AUGCCCGCGCCUGCUUCCAGCUCGUCCGAGACGUCUUAUUCUCCCAACGCCGCCAGUGUGGGCCUCAAUGCAGACGACCGCGAUGACCGGUCUUCGUCCACUCCCACAGCAUCCAAGGUCGGCGGCUCCGGCCCUGACAAAGAGAAGCCCCGCCUCACCGAGCAAGAAAAGAAGAACAACCAUAUUGCCUCUGAACAGAAGCGUCGGGCUGCCAUUCGCGAAGGCUUCGAUCGGCUGACGGAACUGGUCCCGGGAUUAGAGGGCCAAGGCCGCAGCGAGAGCAUCGUGCUGCGGAAGACGGUCGACUUCAUCCACCUGCAGCUCCGGGAGCGACAGGAACUGAUCGCGGAGAUUGAGCGCCGCGGCGGUCGCAUCGAUGAUACGUUCCGACCAUGA